GUCCCCGGCGGCAGGCCUACCCGCAGUUACGACUACGAGCUGCCAGCCUGCCACAUCGCGCCCCGCCCGUGUCCGUCAACGCCGCCGCCCCAGCCCGCAGUGGCGAGGCCUCGGAGCCAGCGAGCGCCUCGCUGCAGGGCCGCCAGCCCGAGCCAGCCGUGCGCGGCGCCGCAGCUGAACGCCGCCGAUCCCUCUGGUGAAUGCCUUGUAGGAACUCGCUUGGAUGAGGUUACAAUUUGUGUGAAACGCUACACCCUGCAUCCUGCUAUUUUCUGGCAUCUGCUAGGUCAUUGAGUGGGAUCGGCUCCAGUUCAGGACUUAUUGAGGAUAUCCUGACUGACAGCAAGGUAAAAGUUGGUUUAAAGCUGGAAGAAAACACCCAAAACAUUAUCAACAUGACUACAAAUGUGAUGUCCGGGUGGAGCAUUGUGAAGGAAGAGUUAUUAUUUCCUGCUGGAGGUGCCCUUUUCAAAAGUUGCCAUGCUUCUACUAUUGUACAGAUCGAGGAAGACAAUUUUUUGGUUGCAUAUUUUGGUGGAUCCAGUGAAGGCGCUCCAGAUGUUAAAAUCUGGUUGCAGAGAUAUAGUGAUGGUUGCUGGCAUCCUCCAGUGGUGGCUGAUGAACAAGAUGGGGUGCCCAUGUGGAAUCCCGUUUUGUUUCAGCUCCCCUCCCGUGAGCUGCUUCUGUUUUACAAGAUUGGUCAAGAAGUCCAGAAGUGGAGUGGUGCCAUGAAAAGAUCAUUGGAUGGUGGUAUAACCUGGUCACAGAGAGAGCAGCUACCUCCUGGUAUCCUUGGUCCUAUCAAGAACAAGCCUUUCUUGCUUGAGGAUGGUCGCCUGCUAUGUGGAUCAUCAGUUGAAAGCUGGAAUUCUUGGGGUGCAUGGCUUGAGGUUACAAAAGAUGCAGGCCGGACAUGGCAAAAGUACGGCCCUAUAUGUAUAGAAGGUGAACCACUUGGAGUGAUUCAGCCAGUUCCCUACCAGACUGCCAAUGGGACUAUUCGAAUGUUGCUGCGAUCAUUUGAAACAAUUGGCCGUGUCUGUAUGGCCGAUUCUGCUGAUGAAGGUGUGACAUGGAGUUAUGUCCACGAGACUGAGCUUCCAAACCCAAAUUCUGGUAUUGAUGGAGUUAAGAUGAAGGAUGGAAGAGUACUGCUUGCCUACAACACCUUCUGCAGAGGAACGCUCAAAAUUGCAAUCUCCUUGAACGAUGGUGAUACAUGGGAUGAAGUAAUGACAUUGGAGGAUACCAAGGGUAUGGAAUUUUCAUAUCCUGCAGUGAUUCAGACUAUGGAUGAUCUCAUCCAUGUUACUUACACAUACAACCGGACGCAAAUUAAGCGUGUUGUUCUUCAACCAAGUGCGAUGAUGAAAUUGUGAGUGUGCAACUACUGGAGUGGAGAACUGUGGCUGGCAACUUUAUGGCACUCAAAUUUAUCUCCACAUGUUUAGUGUGACCAUUGCUUCAUAUUGCCUAGAUUAUGUUCUUGUACUUCUCUGCUCAAUUGAUAUGAAAUAAAUGCUUGCUGCUAUAACUUAAUUGACAUUUUCCAAA